UCAGAGAGACUGAAGCUGCGAUGGAGGUCGGGCUGAUCAAUUGUCUGUGCAGCCGAGAGGAAAACGUCUGAUGAGUGUCUCUGGAGAUGGAAGCUCUGUGCUGACGUUUACAACCAGGAUCAGGGAUAAAAACUGGUCUGGACUUUCUUUUUCUUUUUCUUUUUUUGCUGCUUCGACCAACAAAACCUUCGACUGAAAGUUUGGGAACUCUUCGAAGCGCCGAAAAGGAGAAUAAUAGCAAUUUUAAAAAAAGUUUUAGGAAGAGUCGCGUCAGAGAUGUCUGAGCCAGAGAAGAGCGAAAACAUUCCUGAUGAGUCUGCAGGAAAAGCAAAAGAAAUUCCAAACGGAGGGAAUCCUGCGAAGACCAAAGAGGAUUUUGACCUGGCUGCCAUCUAUGUGUCGGACGCUCAGUACAACAGAAAUAUUUACUUCGACACGUCGCCACAGGCUGUCAGGCUAUAUCUGCUCUACAACCACUGGGUCCUUAAAGUGCUCCUCUACUUCUUCAUCCUGGUUAAUCUCUCUCUGGCCCUCUUCGAGGAGCCGGCCGUCAUCCUUCUGCCUUCAUGGGUCACCAUGCUGGUGGAGCUGCUCUGUCUACUCGUCUUCACCUUCCGACUCAUUCACUACGCGAAGGUGAUUCCUCGAGACAAGUUCUGGAAAGACCCCAAAAAUAUCUGCAUUAUCGUCAUCAUCACGCUCACUCUGAUUGAUAUGAUCAUCUACGGAGCGCUAGAAGCUGCAAACUGCUACCGUGUCCGCUGGUCCAGAGUCUUGCGACCCCUCCUGUUGGUCAACGUCACAGAGGGACGGCAGCUCCGCAGAGCGUUCAGAAGCAUCCGGAACGCUCUGCCUCAGAUCUUCUACGUCUUUCUGCUCUUCAUGUUCAGCGUCCUCAUGUUCUCCCUCAUGGCCCUCAAACUGCUGGGUAAACGAGGUCUGAAGACCAUAGAAGGAACUCCAUACUUCACCAGCUACCUGGAGAUAGUCUUCGACCUGUAUGUCCUCGUCACCACAGCCAACAGCCCCGACGUCAUGAUGCCGGCGUACAAUGCCAGCUUCGUCUUCGCCAUCUUCUUCAUCUUGUACAUCCUCAUCAACACGUACAUCUUCAUGUCUGUCUUCUUGGCCGUCGUUUACAACAACUACAAAAAAUACCUGAAGGAGGAGGUACGGCAGCUGGUGAGGGCCAAAAGGCACAAAAUGGUGCGAGCGUUCGCCGUUCUGCAGGAGCAGAAGGAGGAGGGCGGAGAGCCGGUGGUGACCCAGGCCAACUGGAACCAGGUGGUCCAUCUGGUCCGACCUGGCAUCAGCAACGCCUACAGAGAGCUGCUGUGGAGCGUCUGUGACGACAAGAACCAGGGGGCCAUCGGUAAGGUGGCAUUUGUCCAGCUGGCGGACCUCUUGAAUAUCGAGGUGAUCACUAUCAAAUCAAGACCACACCCACUCAACAGUUUAUGCCCCGCCCUCUACCAGUCGGCCCCCAGCCGCCUCCUCUGCCGAAUGGUCCAACAUCGGGCCUUUGUUAUUGUGUAUGACCUGAUCAUCCUGGUGAACGCCGUGUUCAUCGGUCUGGACGAGGAGAAGCCAAUGAUUGCUAACUCUGAGUGGGUUUUUCUUGCUCUCUACAUGCUGGAGAUCUUACUGAAGCUCUACGUGUUUGAGCCCAGAGCUUUCUUCUCCAGAAACAGCUUCUGGAAUUGGUUUGACACCAUCAUCGUCGUCUCCGCUCUCAUCGCCACAAUCAUCAACUCUGCCAUGCAGUCAUCGGGGGGUUACACUAGCCGACAGAUCCUGGACAUUGUUUUCAUCCUACGAGUCCUCAGACUGAUCCGAGUGGUGGACAGCAUCAAAAGGUUUCGUACAAUCAUCAACACCCUGAUCAGGAUUGGACCAGCGAUCCUCACAUUUGGACAGCUCAUCAUAGUGGUGUACUACAUCUUUGCCAUGGUGGGGAUGGAGCUCUUUAAGGGUAAAGUGAAGUUUUAUGAGGACGCCGGUGACCCAGCGAAGGAGUACUGUGGAAACCGUCUGCUGAAUGGAACGGCCUUCGCACAACUCAACUACUGCAAGAACAACUUCAACAACGUGGUGUCCUCCUACAUCCUGCUGGUGGAGCUCACUGUGGUCAACCAGUGGCAUGUGCUCAGCAGCGGCUUUGCCACCGUCACCCACGUGUCUGCCAGAAUCUUCUUCGUAAUAUUCCACAUCAUGGUCGUCAUCGUCAUCAUCAAUAUCUUUGUGGCAUUCGUCCUGGAGGCGUUCUUCGUGGAGUACUCUGUAGAUAAAAGCGACCUGCAGACGUCUCUGGAAAGGAAGAUCGAGGAACUGGAGCUGGCUGUGGCACAGGAGAAGUUAGAGGAGAAUUUGGUAAAUGCCAUGGAAACCAUCGACAACGACCUCGGAACAAGCCAGUCGGCGGCGCCAAAUGUUCCAUCCUUGAUGUUUAAGAUCGCUUCAAAAAGAUAUCGGACGGUGGAUGCCUUGCUGCAGCGGAUGUUUGAGGCCGAUCUCGACCCUGAAGACUUCGCUGAGCACGACGAUCCUGAAGCUCAGGGCAACGGGAACUUUGCAAAUCCAACUUUCAGCUCUACAUAAAUAUUUCUGUACAAAUAUAUAUGAAGGGAAGCAAAUUCUAUCAUUUAUGUAUAGUUUAACACUCAGCAUCAUCUCAUAGUGGCAUAAAUUUUUAAAUCUGAUCUUUAUUCAAUGCAACGUAUCAACAGAAUGAUCUGAGAGUCAUAUCCAGUGUUAUAUUUUUAUAUAUUUGUCCUUUAGUGCUCUGUACAAAGAGGAAAUCAGUAUUUUCACAUAAAGAAUAUUUACACUGA